AUGUUAUACUGUAUCUACGCAAUUUCCUCAUAUCUCGGAAUGAUGGAUAACAAUGGCCUUUUCAAUUUUAAUUUUGUCACAAACGGAGAUCAACCUCAACUUUAUUAUUAUGGAGAAAGGGGGAUAUGGACGUCAGGAAAUCCGCAACUAAAACAGGCCUUAAGAGAGCUCUCAUACAGUCAAUUUAAUUCAAAAGAUCCUGGGGUUUCAUGGGGAAAGUUCUGCGCCUCGACAGAAGAGCAGCUUUUAGUGGCGCACCAGUUAAUUGACGCAGAGGUCAGUCGACAGAGAUCUAUACAUGGAAGCAUGAGUCUCGAUAUGAAUGUAAUGUACCGAAACUGCGUCAAUGAAUUACAAACGGUAAAGAAAAAAAAUCCAUACAUAAGUAUCUCUAGGGUUAUGAAUGGAGAAUGGCCUUCAUGUACGGUAAAACUUUUACUAAGAUACAUCGAUUCUGAAAAUUUAGAAAUAUUAGCUCCAACUCAUAGAAGACGUCGAAUAAUGACCAACAAACCAGCUGUUAUUGGGGACAGAUGCGUUACGUCAGAAGAAUUGUUGGAUUCGUCUCGGCCCGUGUUAUCUCUGCGACUCAAAAAUCGCCGAAUUCACCUUGUUCAUGUCUCUGGAUAUCUGAAAGUUCUCGAAAAGUCUAGGCCAGGCAAAUAUUACCAACUCGCACCAAGUCUCGGUCAUGAAUCAACCUCAUAUCUCUUCAAGAUGUUUGAAGCUGCCGAGAGAGAAAUAUAUGUUAGAAGAAGUCCUAGUCUACAACGUAUAAAAAUACCUCUACCGGAGAGUAGAAGUUUCCAAAGAAAAACUUUUUAG